AUGGACGAGCGUGAUCUUUUUCUAGCAGAACUGCUGCGGCACGAGGGACGUGGAGAUCACAUUUCUGAUGCAUGUCCCGGAUGUCCAUGUCUGAAAUCUACUCCUCCUCGAUAUCGGUGUCAAGACUGUCUAGAUUCACAAUUAUACUGUGGUCUCUGUAUCGUCCAGAACCACUUACAGUUGCCUACCCAUCGUAUAGAGGAAUGGAAUGGUCAAUUUUUUGAGCGUCUUUCAUUGAAAGCCAUGGGUCUUCGCAUACAACUGGGUCAUGCAAUCGGCGAAUCCUGUAUUCUUCCAAGGAGAGCAUUUAACAAUGAUUUUGUUCUUAUUGACGCAAAUGGCAUACACGAGAUUGGGCUGGACUUCUGUGGCUGCAUGACCUCUCAGACACAUACCAAGCAACUACUACGUGCUGGCUGGUUUCCGUCGACUUCUACUAAUCCACGAACGGCUGCUACAUUUCGGGUUCUUCAUCACUAUCAUAUCUUGUCCUUCGAGUCAAAGGCCUCUGCUUACGAAUUUUAUCAUUCGCUGGUUCGUUUAACGGACAACACAGGCUUGAUCAGACGAAAGGAUCGUUAUGAAUCUUUCAUGCGCAUGGUCCGUGAAUGGCGUCACUUGGUGAUGUUAAAACGCUCAGGGCGUGGCCAUGAUCCAAGUGGUGUGGCGGGUACUUCAGAGGGUCAGUGCGCUGUGCUGUGCCCUGCAUGUCCGCAGCCCGGAAAAAAUCUCCCACACAAUUGGGAAGAUGCUCCAAAGGCGAAAGGUUGGCUAUAUAGUCUUUUUCUGGCGAUUGAUGCGAACUUUCGUCUGAAAAGACGUGCUGUGUCAUCCGAUGAGACCGAUCCCAGCCUUUCGCGAGGUUGGGCUUAUUUUGUAGAGGAGACAUCUUACAAGUCAUAUAUAUCAGAUAGGGCUGGAGACGUACAAGAGAAAAGCACAUGUUCGAGCCAUAAUGCCGUGAAUAUGGCAGAAACUAAGUUAUCUCAAGGUCUUGCGGCAACAGGAGUAGGUACUGUGGAUUGUGCGCGUCAUAAUAUGAAGCGUCCCAAUGGAGUCGGUGACCUUCAAAAGGGAGAAAAGUAUCUGAACAUGGACUACCUUUUUUUCUCCACUCUACGACAUUCAACCGUAGAUAUCUUGAAUGUGUCAUAUGACAUUGCUUGUCAGUGGCACAAGUUUCUUUGGUCACGCAUGGUAUCUUUGCCGCCUUCCCAUCACUUGAAUUAUCUUGCGAGGACAAUCCGAUUCUUUGUGCCGAAGUUCCAUCUCCCUGCACAUGCACCAGAGAGAGGCUGGUCGAAUAUCAACCCUGUAGCUUCAAGCACGAAGGCUAUGGGUCCAGGCUGUCGUCGGGACACGCUAGACGAUCAUUUCGGCGACUGGAAUUGGAAGAAAGUAGUUGGACUCGGAUCGUUACUUUUACUCAAGAUCAAAGAAGCUCAGAUAGAAAAGGCUGACCAUGGUGCUGCCUUCGAGGAGUUUGACAGCGUGAUCACUUCUGAACACCGCUUCGCAUGGAAGGCUGAAAUGGAGGCAUGGGAAGAAAAUCCGAACGAUACGACAGUCGCCAACCCCUUACAACCGAAAGGCAUCGCAAUUACACAAGCCGGUGCUCGCUUGAGUUUGGCCCAACUCGAGGCUGAGGAGCUCAAGCGUGGUGUAGAUCUAUCACUUCACCCUGAUGUAUCGCCAAGUGUGCUCAUCGCAUCAGGCAUAGACCUCGAAGAAGAACAGCGGCGCUUGAAGGCCAUAGCCGACGGCAUGGGCAUCCAUGCCACGGAUAGACAGAAGCUGAGUAUUCUUCGCAUGAGGAUGUCUCUUCGUCGGAAGAUCGAGUCUUGGAGACAGACUCAACUUCUGUAUGUGCCAUCGGUGCAAGUACUCCUGGCCACCUCAGCAACUGGUAGUCUCAAUGAUACUGAGCUUAUGAAGCUUUGGCUCCCAUCUGCAUUGAACAGUAACGCUUGUGAUUCACGCCUCCAGCAUAUCGAGUGGGAGCUGCAUUUCGCGCAAGCUCAUGAUGCCUUAGAAGAGCUUAGGCAGUGCCUCCGUGUAUACUGCUCACUCCUAAAUUUCAAGAGGGAAUGGAUUCGAGGCCAAGGGGCCAAUACUCGUGCUCAGAAUGCACUCACACGUAUACAUACGAGGCAGGUGGCCUGCGUGAAGCGCUAUAGGACUGCAUGGACCGCACUCAAAUCUCUCGCACCAAUUCUUAAGAAAGCAGAUUGGCAUGGGCGGCUACAGGACCUCUCCGAUGACGAUGUGAAGCCGCUUAUUGAUCCAUUUGCCAGUCAGGGAGAGGGAAGGCGAAAGUUAACGUGGAUUUGGAUGAUGGACGGUGUGGACAGCGGUGCAGCUGGAGGAGAUGUCGACGGUGUUCGUGUGGAAUGGUGCAAAUCUCGUGCACGAGCGCUUCGUUGGAGUGAAGAGGUCGACCUUCUCCAGGAGGAGAUGCGCCGGGUCCUGCAAUUUUUCAAUUGGCAGGCAAACUGGUGGGAAGGACAGGGAGUCCGCCGGGCUGCUGCCCGGGAUGAAAGUUUGCGUGCCUAUGCUUCUCGGCAAGCUAAUAUUCGCCGGCGCCUCGCUGCCCAUUUCCACAGCAUAUGGGCACCGCUCAUGUCUCCCCAAGACACACUGGGUAAUCCGGCUGCCGCACUACCAUUACCCGACUUGACGAUCCCUGAUAUGCCCUGA